UCGGGUGGCCUCGGCCUGGGUCCCCUCCAGGCCCUCUGGACAGCCUCAUCGGCCCUCCGCUGGCGCCUCUAAACUUCGCACAGGCCGUUCCCCCGCAGGUUCCGCUCCUCGCCCCCACAGGGGUCCCCCGGUCCCCGGGCGCCCGAUCCCCGCCGGCCUGCCGAGGGGCGCCACCGCGGCGCUAGGGGCGGGCGGGCUGCCGGGGCGACAGCUGGGGGGGCGGCCCUGACCUUCCCGCGCGAUCGAUGGGGCGCGGCUCUGGCGGCGCAGAGCCGGGGCGGCGCUGACCCCCGCCCGCCCGCCCGCCUGGCUCCCGCUCCGGGCGCCGCUAUAAAGGGGCCUGGGCCUCGCGGCAGCUCAUCCCUGUCCGGCGCACACCAUGGCCACACUGGUCCUGCUGCUGCUGCUGCCGCCGCUGCUGCUCGGGGGCUGCGCCGCGCGCCCCGCGCCGCCCAGGGCCCCGCGACACUCGGACGGGACGUUCACAAGCGAGCUCAGCCGCCUAAGGGACAGCGCGCGACUGCAGCGGCUGCUGCAGGGCCUGGUGGGGAAGCGCAGCGAGCAGGACGCAGAGAACGGCACAGCCUGGACCAAGUCUGCGGAGGGCCCGCUCUGCCUGCUGUGGUCGGACGCGCCCACCCUGCAGGCUUGGGCGCCCCUGAGGCCCCCCGAGGAUCAAGCCUGGUCUUUCCAGAUGCCUCUUGCACUGAAGGCAGGGGUCAUGGUGUCCAAGCCGGCCGUCCCGACUGCUGAGGGGACCCGAUGAGGCCCUGAGGAAGAAGGAUCCUCCAGCGGGGCCUGGACAGAGGAGGGGGUGGGAGGAGGGGGAGGGGUUGCA